AAAAUAUUGAAAAACAGUAAUAAGUUAUCGGUCGUGCAAUUUUUGUCGUUGAAAUCUACGAAUACUUUUGAAAAACAUCUUCAAAGACAUAUCGUCGAUACGAUGGCUGUGGAAAAUAAUUCUAAUGCUGCAAGAAAAAAUGGACCGCUAUUUCCGAUUCGAUAUUUGAUGGCCAUAAUGGGAUCCAUCGGUCUCGCUAUUCUUUAUGGUUUUAAAGUCAAUGCCAGUGUAGCGAUCGUCGCUAUGGUGAAUCAUACUGCUAUUAAAUUAUCCACGUCGCACAAUUUAGAAACUGAUGACAAUACUACGACAGUGAGCGCGGACGUUUGCCAGUUUGACGAUGCCUCAAAUGUUACAAAGAUUACAGGCGAGAAUGGUCCAUUUGUAUGGAAUGAACUUAUUCAAGGUUUUAUUCUAUCUUCUUAUUUUUGGGGCUACACAGUAUCUAUGUUGCCCGGUGGAAGACUAGCGGAACUCUGGUCGGCCAAAUGGGUAAUGAAUGGAUCGGUCCUUUUAAAUGUCGUAGCUUCCAUAUUAUCGCCUAUCGCUGCGCGUACUCACUACUCGCUCUUCAUAGUAAUGAGAUUUCUUCAGGGGAUCGGCGGAGGUGUAUCGUUUCCUGCUAUGCAUGUUAUGAUCGCGAAAUGGGCGCCGCCGAAUGAAAGGAGUGUCAUUGCCUCGAUUGUGUAUGCAGGGACGGCACUCGGUACCGUGAUCUCUAUCUUGUUAACCGGUCUGUUGGCCGCGAAUCUCGGUUGGGACUCCAUCUUCUAUGUGGAAGGCGUGCUUUGUCUUAUUUGGUGCGUCGCUUGGUGGCUUAUGAUAGCAGAUACCCCGGAAAAACAGACGAGAUUCAUCAGUCAAAGAGAGAGAAACUAUAUCGUCAUGUCUUUGGGCGGACACGUCCAGGAUGAUGUUCCCAAAACUGUUCCAUGGAGACAAGUGUUUCGGUCCAAACCGUUCAUAGCGAUUCUGGUCGCUCAUUUUUGUAGCAAUUUCGGCUGGUACAUGCUACUUAUCGAACUGCCCACAUUUAUGAGUCAAAUUUUGAAAUAUGAUAUGAGCUUGAAUGCAGGAUUAUCAUCCAUUCCGUUUUUGUGCAUGUGGCUCUUCACUAUGAUUCUCAGCAAAAUAUUAGCCAUUCUACAGGAAAAGGGUCUGAUCACAGUGACGAUAUCUAGGAAAAUCGGCACGCUUUUUGCGUCUCUCAUACCAAUGCUCUGCUUGAUACAAGUGUCAUAUAUCGGGUGCAAUCGCAUUCGGGCAGUUUUGUUAAUGACAAUCGGAGUGGCCUGCAUCGGUGGAAUGUAUUGCGGUUUCUUGGCAAACCACAUAGAUAUCGCACCCAACUUUGCCGGUAGUCUGAUGGCAAUGACAAACUUCGUCGCCACUAUACCCGGCUUUGUUGUACCGGUCUUCGUAGGACAAUUAACUCACGGAAAUCAAACCAUUGAGGCAUGGAGAAUUGUAUUCCUUGUAACGAUUAUUCUAUAUGUAAUCGAGAUACUGGUUUACACUAUUUUUGGGAGCGGCAACGAGCAACCCUGGAACAAAAUUAAAACAUCUGAUGAAACGAGCGAUCAAACAUUACCUUUAAGAGAGAAUAAUGCGAAACAUGAAACAUCAUUAGCAACUAUCAUACGUGGCAUGAGCGUCUGAAGAAUACUUAAAGCUUUUCCCCCUGGUGCUGCGCACAUGUCUAGUAUGACGUCGCCUGGCUGCAAGUCCAAGGCCAAUGUCGGCAAUACAGAAGCAC